CGGGAUCUUCUUGUUCAGCUCCAGAAUUCGCCAUUGUGAAUUUUGCUAUUUGUUAUAGAUGCAACGUAAUUUUACCGGUUAAAUUGUUGAUUAGUUAAUCAGAAUUGCGAUUAAUUGUGCUGCAGAGCAUAGUAGUGUCAGUGAUUAGAAGUCUCAAAUGAGAUUUCAAGAACUAUAGUAUUGAAAACUAAUUAAAUUUUUGUGGCAAGAGUGAGCUCUUAGCUUGCGUCCCACGUUCAUACUUAUUAUAAUUUGCUGGGGUUGUAGUUUGAAUAUAGUUCAAAAUACGUUCUCGGCAGUUAUUCUAAGUAUAGCGUUAAAAUAGCAGCUAAUUGUCAAUCAAAGUUUGAUUAGGAAUACUUUAAUUUUUUGAGAUGGUUUACAAGCCAAACGAUAAGAAAUCGAAGAAACACGAGCACAACUCAUCAGCUUCGUCAUCAGUGCCGGGGUCCCUUGAUCAAGUUUCGGUACCAUCCUCCUUGAUGGUGGGUCCUCCUCCCACGCCUAACAACAACUCGGUCGGUGAGCAGAUGAUGGACUCCAAUCUCAGGAAUGCUGGCCCUAUUGGACCUCCCAAACCAGGUGCGCCGGUUCAGGGUAGCAUGCCGCCCCUGGCACCAGGAGGGGGUCUCAUGCAUCAGCAGCGCGGUGGAAUGAAGGGCGGACCGAGACACGGACCCCCAGGCCCCAAGCCCACUGUCGAACCCAUGCCGUUGAGAGAGGCUGCUAUGAUGGAAAUCAAGUCGUUGCCGUCGAAAACACCAGUCUCAGUUCUGCAAGAGCUGCUGUCUCGUCGCGGCACCACGCCCAAGUACGAACUGGUGCAGGUGGAGGGGGCCAUCCAUGAGCCGACGUUCCGCUACCGCGUGUCGGUGGCGCCGGAUGUGGUCGCCCAAGGCACCGGGCGCAGCAAGAAGGAGGCCAAACACACGGCGGCCAAGGCGGUGCUCGACUCCCUCAUUGCCGGAGGAGGCGGAGGCGGAGGAGGGGCAGUGGUGGUUGAGGAGGAGGAGAGAGUGCAAGUGAGUCACAACUCGUCUUUCGAGCAACAGAAAAUGAUGGGGAACCCGAUUGGUUUGCUGCAAGAGCUGUGCAUGUCCAGGCGUUGGCCGCCCCCGAGCUAUGAGACGGAACAUGAGGAGGGACUGCCUCAUGAGAGACAGUUCACCAUUUGUUGUCUUGUAUACAAGUACAAGGAGAUUGGCACUGGCAAAUCCAAAAAACUAGCCAAACGUCAGGCUGCUAACAAGAUGUGGGUGAAGCUGAAGGACAUGCCUAUCGAGAACAAUCAGUACUCUUUUGAGGAUGAUGAAGAGAUGAUUCAGCGUAUUUCGAAUAAGUUUACGGAUUUGAAGGACACUAAGAUCAGUACCCUCAACACCCAAACAAGUCUGAAAGUCUCUCAGUUUCACAAGAAUCUGAAAUCGGCUUUCGGCGUUAAAUUGAACGAAUUGCAGUCGGCCGUGUUGAAGUUCCAGGCCUUCAACUACGUUCAGUUCCUGCAGGAGAUCGCAUCUGAGCAGCAGUUUGAAGUCACUUAUGUCGACAUCGAGGAGAAAAGCAUCACUGGCAAAUGCCAGUGCCUGGUGCAGCUGUCGACUCUGCCAGUGGCCGUGUGCCACGGACAAGGCGCCACCUCCAAGGAGGCCCAAACGCAGGCGGCCCUUAACGCUCUCGAGUACCUCAAGAUUAUGACCAAAAAGUAAACUGCAAACCCACCCAACCACCCAACACCUCUAUAAUGUUGAUUGUCUACUAUUCCAGGAUAUUCAUCAUUAUUUCCAUGUAAUGAAGAUAAAUAGAUUAGUUAGAUAGGUUAUUGUUUUCCUCUCAGAUAUUAGUCGGACAUUGAUAUUUUCAAAUUGAAGUCUCUAAUGAUAUUAUUAUUUGUAUUAUUUUGAUUAGAUUAGUGAAACUAGUUCAUUUUUCAUAGAAUUUGAAAAAAUAAUUUGUUCUUGAAUAAAAAUGACAUGAUAUUUGAAAGUGAUGUUCUUGACAUCAUAAUUUGUUCUUGAAUAAGAAUGACAUGAUAUUUUCAAAUGAUGUCAUUUGUGUUUCAAUUUAAUCUGUUUCAAUUCACUGCGUCAGUCACAUCACAAUACUGAAAGAUUAAAUUCAAAAUGAGCUGCACUAUAGAGAAUAAUUAUAGCAUGAUGUUAUAACUUAUGCUAUGUUUUCUCUAUCGUUGUACUUUGUCGUUUUAAUAUAACUUUCAGUGUUGCACCAAUUUUUCAGAUUAUUGUUAUAUUUUAAACUAUCUUAAUUGCAUUAUUGUGAUAAGAUUAGUGGAGCUGUUUUUUGUCUACAAUUUGUUCUCGAACGAAAUUGUCAUUUGUUUUUCAAUUUAAGGUAAUUUUAAUUCAAUAAUAAACACAAGAUGUUGAAAUUUGUCCAGUUGAAUUCAAAAUAAGUUUUGCCAUAGAGACAAUAUCUCUUUCUCGAUUAGUGUAUGGUCCACUUUGUUUUGUUAACACUUUCAGAAUUAUUGCAUCAGUUCGAAAUUUUAGAUAAAUUUUAGUUGAUCUAAGUUGCUACACCAAACUUGAUAUUUUUUAGAGAAAAUAUCUCUUUGUCUAUUAUUACUGUAUGAUAUUACUUUGUUGUUUUGAUACAACUUUAAGAAUUGCAGUGAUUCCAGAUUAGUGAUAAUUUUAAGUAGAUUUGAUUGCAUUAUUUUGGUUAUAUUAGAGAAACUGUUUAUUUGUUGUACUAGUUAACAACCUAGUUUUCAAUGUCACUUUCUGGAUUGCUCUUAUUACAAAGAUUUUUAUCUUCUGAUUCCUGAUGUUUGAAUAAUAAUUAAUAUUAUCAGUGUAUUAAUGCUUAUAAAGUUUUAAAAAAAUUACUCACGGAUUAUUGAUAUUCUUUUAUAAUCACGUUUGAAUAGUUAAUUACGUCAUAGCAGUCAGGCAUUUAUAUAAAUAAAAGCUAUUAGCUUCUACUUACAUUAGUGUAGCGCUUUCGGACACUAGGCCCUUCAUCAACACUGGCUAUUUAGUGUCCGAAAUUAAAAUUUAAUUCCAUUUUAGUGUCCGAAAGCGCUACACUAAUGUAAGUAGAAGCUAAUAGCUUUUAUUUAUGUAAAUACCUGACUGCUAUGUCGUAAUUAAUUGUUCAAAAGUGAUUAUUUAACAAGCAGUUUGUAAUGGAAUCAAACAUUGAAGAGUAUUCUUUUAUACUCUUGUCAUCACAUUGAGACUAGCAUAUUCAAAAAUGAAAAUGUUUUAAAAAUCUAAAUUCUCUUCUCUAAAAGUCUUUACCGAAAAGUUUCUACUUAUUAUUAUUGGUUUGAAUUACCACCAUUAUUAUUAUUUAUCAAAAUUUGGGAACAGAAUAGUUUUGGGCUAUGCCUGUUGUUUUAUCCCGAUCAUAUCCAUAUGAUUUGUAAUUUUAUCAAAAAAUAAAUAAAUUAUGUAGUGUAAUCAUGAGUUUUAAAUUAUUUUUAGUACUAAUUGUAAGAUACAUUUUGAGUUAGUGUAGUCGUUAUUACAAAAUCGAUGUAUUAUUAUCGAUUAUUGGGUAAUACAAGUAUAGUAAUAUGAUUUGCUGUAGAUUUAUUUCAAAACUGUAAGCAUUUGUAUUUACUUUGUCUUAGGUACAGUGUUAUUUCUUUUCUUUACUGGAUUUUUCAUCAGUUAAAUAAAGUUCUGUUGAAAACGUU